AUGAAAACUGAGACCUGUUUGGGUAUUGUUCUCGUGGCCAUCAAUCCAUAUGAGCAGCUCCCUCUUUAUGGCGAUGAUGUAAUUUACGCUUACAGUGGGCAGGAUGUGAGCGACAUGGAUCCCCAUAUUUAUACAGUGGCCGGGGAAGCGUACAGGCAGAUGGCAAGGCAUGACAAGAACCAAUCGGUUAUAAUAAGUGGUGAAUCUGGAGCGGGAAAGACCAUGUCUGCCAAGUGCAUGAUGCGUUAUUUUGCAACCAUUGGUGGAUCUGCGAGUGAAACUAAUGUGGAGGAAAAAUUUCUUGCAUCCAAUCCCAUCAUGGAGGCAAUUGGAAAUGCCAAAACUACAAGAAAUGACAACAGUAGUCGUUUUGGGAAAUACAUAGAGAUUGAUUUCAAUAGUCGGUACCACAUAAUGGGAGCCAACAUGAGGACAUACCUGCUGGAGAAAUCAAGAGUUGUGUUCCGGGCGGCAGAGGAGAGGAAUUAUCACAUUUUCUACCAACUCUGUGCUUCAUCUCACCGGACUGAGUUUUCUGAAUUGGAUCUUGGUAGUGCUGAGAAAUACUUCUACGUUAAUCAAGGAGGUGACAUUCCGGUUAAUGGAGCUGAUGACACUGCAGACUUUGAGAGAACUCUGACUGCCUUCACUACCUUGGGUUUCUCUGAAUUUUUUCAAAUGGAAAUGUUUCGAAUUAUAGCUUCCAUCCUUCAUCUGGGAAAUAUAAACUUUAAAUCAAAUGAUCGUGAUGGUGAACGCACCUAUGUUAAUUCCAAUGAUGAGCAUCUCCAUCGGUUCUGUGAGUUACUGGGACUGGAGCAAAACCAGUUGGCAUUUUGGCUUUGCCACCGCAAGCUUGUAACACUGAAUGAGACGUACAUCAAAUCCAUGACCAUGAGGCAGGCCAGCUGCUCCAGAGAUGCUCUUGCCAAGCACAUUUACGGGCAACUUUUCAACUGGAUUGUGAAUCAAAUUAACAAAGCUCUGAGGUCCUCCUCGAAGUUACAUGCCUUCAUCGGUCUGCUGGAUAUCUACGGGUUUGAAACCUUUGAACGGAACAGUUUUGAGCAAUUUUGCAUUAAUUAUGCAAAUGAAAAACUACAGCAGCAAUUUAACUUGCAUGUGUUCAAGCUAGAACAGGAAGAAUACUUGACUGAAGGAUUAUCAUGGACACUAAUUGAUUACCACGACAAUCAACCUUGCAUUGAUGUUAUUGAAGCAAAGCUUGGCAUCUUGGAUCUACUAGAUGAAGAAUGUAAGAUGCCUAAAGGAACAGAUGAGAAAUGGGCACAAAAACUCUAUCACCAGCAUCAGCACACAAGUUACUACUUUCAGAAACCCAGGAUGUCGAAUUCUGCUUUCAUUAUUCAUCAUUUUGCAGACGAUGUAUUGUAUCAGUGUGAAGGAUUUGUAGAGAAAAAUAGAGACACAGUUUACGAAGAACCGAUGAACAUUUUGAAAGCAAGCAAGUCAGUGCUGGUUGUGGAGCUGUUCCACAAGGACACUGUUCCUGUCGGUGGUGGUCGGGUCUCCAAUAUCACUUUAAGGUCUUUAAGGAAAACGUUACCUGCAACAAGUGACCACAAGAAGACCGUGAGCUAUCAGUUUAGAGCAUCACUCCAACAACUAAUGGACACUUUGAAUUCUACAACUCCUCAUUAUGUUCGCUGUUUGAAGCCGAAUGAUACAAAGCAGCCCUUUUUGUUUAAUCCGAGGAGAAUGGUGCAACAAUUGAGGGCCUGUGGUGUCCUUGAGACAGUUCGCCUCAGUGCCGCUGGAUACCCCUCAAGAUGGACCUACACAGACUUUUUUAAUCGCUACAGAGUUUUGACAAGAAAAAGUGACGUGCAUGAUGACAAGAUACAGACCUGUAAGAAUGUGCUAGGAAAUCUAAUCAAGGAUGUAAAUAAGUACCAAUUUGGAAAGAGUAAGAUCUUCUUUGGUGCCGGACAAGUGGCCUACCUGGAGAGGCUACGAGUAAGCCAGUUGCGAGCUGCCUGCAUAACGGUGCAGAAGAUCAUGAGAGGCUGGUUUCAAAGAAAAAGAUAUCUGCAGACGUACAAAGCCAUUAUAGUCAUGCAGAAGUACACAAGGCGGUUUCUCGCUAAACAAUUUGUGGAGCGUUCCAGGCAAACGAGGGCUGCUGUGACCAUCCAGAAGCACUACCGGAUGUUGCCAGUGCGGAGACUCUAUGUACUCACUCGUAACUCAGCCAUUACAAUUCAAGCUUGGGCUAAAGGCAUGGCUGCAAGGCGAAUGUAUCGCAAGAUGGUCCAGGAGCAGAAGGCUAUUGUCUUGCAGAAAUACGUACGAGGAUGGCUGGCUGCCCUGAGGUAUGGGAGAACUCUGCACGCUGUUGUCUACAUACAGUGUUGUUACCGCCGCAUGAUGGCACAUCGUCUACUGAAGAAGCUGAAGGUGGAAGCUCGGUCAGUCGAACACUACAGGAAGCUGAACAAAGGGAUGGAGAACAAGAUCUUGCAGCUGCAAUGUAGAGUGAAUGAUCAGACUAAGGAGAACAAAACGCUGGUGGAGCAGAUGACAGCUCUCGCCACUUCUCACAAAAAUGAGGUGCGGUGUCUUAAGAAUGAAAUGGAACACAUUCACCGCAGAGAGGAAGAGACCAAAGUCCUGAUAAUGCAGGAGAUAACAGCAAAACUGCAGGAGGAACUCCAACAAGCUCUCCAGGGCAGGAGGGACACAGAAAUUAAAGCCUCUCACGAACUGAAUCUAUUGAGACGGCACCUUGCUGUUCUUGAAAAGGAAAAUGGUCAGUUAAAUGAUGAAAAAGAAACUUUUAAUAAACUAGUUCUGGAGCAGACAAAGAUCAUUGAAGAACAAGUUGCCCUCAAGGUGGCGUCAAAGAGUCGCCAAUUGCAGGCUGAGGCUGAGCAGGAGCGCUUUCACUACCAGAGUCUGAUGAAAGAAUUCUCCCGUCUCGAGCAGAGAUACGACAACCUGAAGGAUGAGAUGUCCUUUAUGAAGUAUCAAGAGCCUGAAAAUGGGAACAAGAUACUAAAGGAAGAGCUCAACCAGCAAAGAAAUGUCAGCAAUUCUGCAAAUGGCUCCAGUGAACAAAACAGUGCCAGCUGUCAUUUACUGAACCAGCUUGAAGCAGCCACUGAAGAAGUGGAAAUUCUUAAAGAGCAACAGAUUUGGUUUAAAUCUCAACUCCUUACAGCAGAGAAGAAGAUCGAGGCAAUGAAAAAUAAGGCUUCUAUGGUGGACAUGUCUGCAUUACCUAAAGAUGGAAAUAAAAUGUCGGCCGAUGAUUUGCGAUGUGCGUAUGAUGCUGUCCGUGUGGCCAACAAACUUCUCCUGGACCAGUUACAGGAAGAGAAGGAUCGACGUUUGAAGGAAAUUGAGGUUUUCCAACGUGAAGCCAGAGAGUCUGGCGAGAAGUUUGAGAAGCGGCGCCACUGGUUUGCUCGGUCACGGGAAGCUGCGCUUGUGGACGGUUUGGACGGUGGUUUACGGCAGGAAAUUGUGAGACUUGCCAGUGAAAAUUUGGACUUACUGGAGCAGAUGGACAAACUGAAUAGAACUGUACAGAAGCUGAACAAACAGCUGAAAUCCAUGGAGGAGUCAAGAAAAAUGAAAUAUCUCCCUGAAUCCAGAGUCGGAGUACUGCCUGAAAUGGCUUCCAUCCAAAGGAAAGUUAAAGGUUUCCAAGGAAUGUUGGAAUGCAGAAAAGAAGAUGAAGCUCAAUUAAUCAAGAAUCUUAUCACGGAUCUCAAACCACACUCUGAUGCCAUGGUUCCACUGCCCACCCUACCAGCUUUCAUUCUCUUCAUGUGUAUCAGACAUGCCGAUCACACACGUGAUGAGCAGAGGGCUCACUCCAUAUUCACAGCCGCCAUAGAGGGGAUCAAGAAAGUCUUAAAAAGGAACAAUGACUUUGAGGUGUUGGCGUUCUGGCUGUCGAAUACUUACCGACUACUCGUCUGCUUACGCCAGUAUAGUGGAGAUGAGAAUUCUGUUGAAAUGAACACGCCUGAACAAAGAAAGCAUGCCUUGAGGAAUUCUAAUCUGUCCCAAUAUUGCCUGGUUUUAACUGACCUCAUCAUACAACUCUAUCACCAACUGAUCACAACUGCAGAGGGAAGACUCCGACUGAUGAUCGUGUCUGGGAUGCUUGAGAACGAUACAAUUCAGAGCGUGACUGUGCGUCCAGCCCGUUAUAGAAAGAAAGCGGCAGAUGUCCCUGGCAACCCUGGCUUAUACACACUGAAGUCCAUCCUCCAGCAACUCAACGCAUUCCACCACACCAUCUCCAAACAGGGUCUCCACUCCGAGAUCAUCAAACAGGUUUUCCGGCAGGUUUACUACAUAAUUGCAGCCGUCACACUGAACAACCUGCUUCUCCGGAGGGAUGUGUGCUCAUUUAAUAACGGGGUCCAAAUCAGGAACAAUCUCAGCCAACUAAUUGAAUGGUUAAGAGGCAAGAGUUUGCACCAGAGUGGUGCAGCGGAGUUACUGGAGCCGCUGAUACAAGCAACACUGCUCUUGCAAUUGAACAAGGUGACUGAUGCCGAUGCUGAGGCUAUCUGCUCAAUGUGCACAGCACUCUCUCAGCCACAGAUUGUGAAGAUUUUGACCCUCUAUACACCUAUUAAUGAAUUUGAGGAGCGUGUGACUGUAUCUUUUAUAAAGAACAUCCAGAGUCGAUUAGCAGGCAGAAGUCCAAGUCGGCACUUACUGAUGGAAUUGAAGCACGUGUUUGCUGUGAAUUUUCCUAUCAUUCCCUCGCCAGUGAACCUGGAGGAGAUUCGAAUCCCUGAAACCUUGGAGCUGGACUUUCUCAAGAGAAUCUGAAGAUUGUUUUUGGGAGAUUACUUUCUACUUGCGCAGAUUUGUAACUGACAAGGUUUUUGAAAAAAAAUUUGCACGAGUCAUGAUUAUUUAGAAAUCGUGCAUCAAACAUUUAAUUGAAUAGUUCAGUCUGCCUUAACUCAAGCUGUUUUAAGUAAAUUCAAUUGACAAUAACUUUUAUCACUUAUUUAUUGUAGAUAUGAAAGUACAUAAUUUAGGUAAUUGGUUGAUGCUUCUGCAAUUAAACUAAAUUCGGCACUUUAGAAAACUAAUGUGCAUUCCUUUAACCUUUGCACAGGUGUUCAGUUUGGCUGCUAUCAGUUUUUAAGCUAACAUAUUAUUGCACUGUUAACAGAGUACCUUUAUCUCAAUAUUAUAUUUGCACCUGAGCAACCAGGCACUAGACAUGGUGUGUCACUGAUCUAACAAGUAGAAAUGUCGCAUUCUGAAUCAAACUCCCACUGAUUUUACUCCUCCCCACUUCCCCACGUCCCAAACAUCAAGUGGCUUCACUGUGGGAGAGAUCACCUGGUUACAAUAAGCAUAAUAUAUUGGGAUAUUCUGUCACGUUCAAUGAUAUUUGUCGUUUGUAAAUUCAUAACUAACAUUUUAAUGCUAAGAGGUCAUGUUUAUAACAUUUGUGGAUUUUUAUGUACAGACAUGUAAAUGUGUUAAACUUAUUAAUGUGAAAAAUAUGAAAUGUGAAAUUGUUUAAUGCAUAUCUUCAUUAAAGAGAAUGACAAU